AUGUUGAAAUCAAUAAAGCCAGGUUCUCAUUCCUGGAGAAAGGCUUUUUCAGUAAAUAAUUUAAAUUUGAGAGAUUUUCAUACCAAAUCGUCAUGUUUAUUAGAUCCGGUACGAGUUAUUGUCUCCCAAUCUAAUAAUCCAUACUUUAAUUUGGCUACUGAAGAUUAUUUGUUUUCCAUUGAUAAAGAGGCUUUGGAAUAUCCAACUCUAUUCUUGUGGAGAAAUGAUAAGACUGUUGUUAUUGGAAAACAUCAAAAUCCAUUCAAGGAAUGUAAUCUUGCUCGGAUGGAACAAGAUGAUGUUAAUUUAGUGAGACGUAGAUCAGGUGGAGGUGCUGUCUAUCAAGAUAUGGGAAAUAGUAUUUUCACUUUCUUAUCACCAAAGGAAAGUUAUUCAAAGGAAUUGAAUUUUAAAAUUCUGAUGGAAUCUCUUAAUAAUGGAUUUAAUAUUAACAGUGAAUUGAGUGGAAGAAAUGAUCUUAUAUUAUCAGAUUGUAAAAGAAAAAUAAGUGGUUCAGCAUUUAAACAAGGAAAGGAUGUUUGUUUUCAUCAUGGUACAAUGCUCUUAAAUCUUGAUACAGAAGCUUUACAAAAAUAUUUGACACCACACAAACUCAAAUUACAAAGUAAGGGAGUAGCAAGUGUUGCUAGCAGAGUUUGUAAUUUGCAAACCGUUUGCCCAACUAUUUCACAUGACAAAUUUAAUGAAGAACUUAUCAGAGCCUUUUGUAGUAGAUAUGGACAAACUGCUUCAAGUGUUGAAAUUGAAAAUGUGAAUGAGAGCUACUUUUCUAAUAAUCAAUCAUGGAAAAACUUUUAUGAUGAAUUGAGUGAUAAGGAGUGGAAUUACGGGUUAACUCCUGAUUUUUCAAACAAUAUUGAAACAAAAUUUGAUUGGGGUCUUGUUGACCUACAUAUUGAUUACAAAGCUGGCAAAAUAGCUAAUGUUAAAAUGUACAGUGAUGUCUUAUUCCCAGUAUUUGUAGAAAUAGUCGAAGAGGGUCUUGUAAAUAAUGAUUUUUCAAAGGAAGGUAUUGACAAUUUUGAAAGCUGGACUAAAGAGAGAAUCAAGUUACUUCCAAAUAUCGACGAUGCUUCUAAGGAAAUUUUAACCAAUUUUUCGAAACAGCUUUCCUCUUGGAUUCAAUUCAAGGAUUGUAUCACAAAUAUUGAGAAAAUUUAUCCAAAGAAAAUUACACAUGAAGUAUUACAAAAUAUUACAAAAUUGGAGAAGGUUAAUUAUGUUGAUAUUGCAGCAAUAAGAAUAGGUGAUGAAGGAGCUAGUAUGAUUGGGCAAAUGAAACAACUGACAUAUCUCGAUAUUUCGUUUACUGGUAUCAGUUAUAAUGGAAUGAGAUCUAUUGGUCAAUUGACCAAUUUAACCCAAUUGAUUUUUUCUUCAGAUGAUUAUGAAAACUAUUCCGCUCCAAAAGGUGUUACAGUUGCUAUACAUUUGAGAAAUUUGAAAAAAUUAACACACCUUGAUAUUACUUACAAUGAAAUAGGUGAUGAGGGAUCUCAAUUUAUUAGUGAAUUGCUGAAUUUAACUUACUUGGAAAUGCCAAAUAAUCAAUUGAGAAACGAAGGUUUCAAAAUGAUUUCUAAACUUGAAAAUUUAACACAUCUCAAUAUUAGUAAUAACGAUUUCAAUUGUGAAAGUAUGAAACAUUUAUGUGAAUUGAAAAAUUUAACAAGCUUGGAAGCAUUCAACACUGGUAUAACUUCAAAUGAUGUUAAAUUAAUUGCAAAUCAUUUAAAGUACUUGACAGAGCUUGAUUUAUCCUGCAAUGAUAUUGGAAAUGAGGGUGCAAAGUAUGUUAGUGAACUAAAACAAUUACAAUCUCUUCAAUUGGCCCAAACUAAUUUAGAUUCUGAAGGAGUUAAAUAUUUAGUUAGAUUGGACCAAUUGACUGAUCUUGAUGUUAGUGAAAAUUCCAUUGAUGCAGAAAGAUGUAAAUAUCUUAAUGAAAUGAAACAAUUAGAAGAACUUUCAAUUUAA